UAAUUGACGAUUAAUUAUUAAUAGAAAACAACAAGAAGAAAAAGAAAAAGAGAAGAAAAAAAAAAUUCCAACUUUUUCUCUUCCAAUUUUCUCUUUACAGUUAAUCCAUUCGAUUUUGGCGCUUCUUUUUUAUUCUAUUCUAAAGUUCCGCCUACUUUUUUAUUCUAAUUCUCACACUCGUAACCCAAUUCAUUCUGUGUCCUUCUUUCAUCAGUAUUUUUUUUUUCUUCUCUCUCUCUCUCUCUCUAUCUUUUCAUCUUCUCUUUCUCUCCAUCUUUCUUUUUUUCUCUCUCUCUAUCCUCUUUCUCCUUCGUCUUCAUCAUCAUCUUAAACAUCUUCACCGGACACGGUUACGUACAUUUUUUUAACAUUAUUAACGUUUAAAUCAGUUAAAUUAAAUCUGUCCGACAACAAACGUUCAACUCUCAAUUGUCAUUGUAUUUUUUUGGUCUCAUAGGAGAGAAGAGAAAGAGGAUUGUGUUUAUUUGUUUUUGUUUUUUUUCUUUCUCCCUUUCUCUCUCUUUCUCUCUCCUUUUUUUUCUCUCUUUUCUCUUCUUCUUCUUUAAUGUGUAUAUGAACCUCUUGUGUUUCAACUUUAACCUCUCAGAGUUUUAUUCUAUUGUUAUAUUCUAUUCUUUUAUUGGUAUAAUCCUUUCUCUCCCCUUAGUAUUAAACAUUUUUUUUCUCUCUCCAUAAUGUCUGAUGCUUUACUGUUCUAUCUCUAUGAGAAACUUUGUGCCAAUCAACCCUGGGCAAUUCUGAUUAUAUGUCUCUGUUUUGUUAUUGGUAAAUAUAUUUUAAAUUCUAAGGAUAAUGUUCAUAUUGCUUCUUCUUGUUCUUCUUCUAAAACUACUUCUGGUUCAUCGAGUUUAAAUUCAAAAGACAAAUGCUCGGUGAAACAAUCUUCUUCUUCUCCUUCUAUUGUGCCAUCUUUUCCCGACGACGAUGAUGAUGAUGAUGAUGAAGAGGUGGAGGAGGAGGAGGAGGAGGUGAAAGAAGAUGAACAGGUUGAAGAACAACAACAUCAUAAUGAUCUUCAACAAGAAUUACAAUAUGAACUUCAACAACAAUGUCACCAACAUCAACAAACACAACAGUGGCAGGAUAAUCAUCUACUUCACAACAAUCAUCUUAAUAAUCAUCUUAAUAAUCACCUUAAUAACUCUCACACUGUAGAGCAUCAUAAUAUUUUAAAUUCACAACAACCAACUACAACAACAACAACAACAACAACAACAACACCACUUACAACUACAAAAUCACCUUCAUCACAAAAGUUAUCUAAAAAAAAUGAUCAUUCACGUCAUAAAUGUAAUAAAGCGCCUUUACAAGAGAUAGAAGUGAAAAUUACAUCAGCUGAGACUCAAAUAGAUAGUGAGUCUCAUACAUUUUUAACUGAAUCCUCGGAACCUUGUGAGUAUGUUGAACGUCAGCGAGCACUCACUCCGAAUAAUAUUGUUGUCCAACAGGAUUCUGAUACGGAAAGUGUGAUAGUUGAAAAUAAAAAGCGACGACCCAACAGAUUAAGUGCCGAUGAAAAUAGCCCUUCAUUUUUCCUUGGUGAUGAUUCUCUAUCCGAUUCAUGUGAUGAUUUAAUCUCAUUAUCAGAUAGUGAUCCAGGAGUAAUCGAUGGCGGUGGUGGUGGUGGUGGUGGUGGUAAUCGCCGGCAAACAAGAUCAACAACCCGAAAUGAGGAGAAAAUAAAACCUCGACCAUUGAGUGAGUUACAGUCUCUCUUAAAGACAGAAGAUGGUCUUAAAACGAUGACUGAUACUGAAAUAAUUUUGCUCGUUGAUUCCAAGAUUAUACCACAAUACAAAUUAGAGGGUCUUCUCGAUGAUCCAGAACGUGGUGUUAAAAUCCGUCGAAAUAUUGUUGCCAGAGAUUCUAAGUGUACUUCCAUUCUUGAAAAUCUACCAUUUACCAAUUAUGAUUACAAGUAUGUUUUAGGUGCUUGCUGUGAGAAUGUAAUUGGUUACAUGCCAAUACCUUUAGGUGUUGCCGGACCACUUUUAUUGGAUGCUAAAAAGUAUCACAUACCCAUGGCCACCACCGAGGGUUGUCUCAUUGCAAGUACAAAUAGAGGUUGUCGAGCCUUAAUGUUAUCUGGAGGAGUGAGAAGUGCCAUUGUAGGUGAUGGAAUGACUCGUGCUCCCUGUGUUAAAUUUCCUAAUGCCAUGAGAGCAGCAGCAGCCAUGCAAUGGAUGCAGAAACCAGAAAAUUUUGCCAGAAUAAAAGAAUCCUUUGAUUCAACCUCACGAUUUGCUCGUCUUGAUCGAGUUUUAACCCGUAUCGCUGGACCCUAUGUGUAUUUCCGUUUCGCUGCCACUACUGGUGAUGCCAUGGGAAUGAAUAUGAUCUCCAAGGGUGCUGAGCUUGCUAUCAUGAAAUUAAAGGAACACUUUCCUGAUAUGGAAAUGAGUGUUCUCAGUGGUAACUUUUGUUCCGAUAAAAAACCCUCUGCGGUUAACUGGAUUGAGGGUAGAGGUAAAUCAGUUGUAUGUGAGGCCAUAGUUCCAGGUAAAAUUGUUCGUGAUGUCCUCAAAACAAAUAUUACAUCUCUUGUUAAAGUCAAUAUAAGUAAAAAUUUGAUUGGAUCAGCUGUUUCGGGAACCAUUGGUGGUUACAAUGCUCAUGCAGCAAACAUUGUCGCCGCGAUGUACAUUGCAACGGGACAGGAUCCUGCCCAAAGUAUUGGAAGCUCCAAUUGUAUCACUAUAAUUGAGUCAAUUUCCAACAAUAGAGGUGAAGAAAAUCUUUACAUCUCUUGUACAAUGCCUUCAUUGGAAUUGGGUACCAUUGGUGGAGGAACAAUACUCCCACCUCAAGCAUCGUGCCUUGACCUUCUCGGUGUACGUGGAUCAUGUCUAGAAGAACCAGGUCGUAAUGCUCAAGAGUUUGCUCGAAUCGUUUGUGGCACUGUACUAGCAGCAGAGCUUUCGUUAUUAUCCGCAUUGGCAGCGGGUCAUCUAGUAAAAUCCCACAUGAAACACAAUCGUUCAACUAUUUCAAUUGAUGCCUCAACGUUAUCUCCUUUCUCUUCCCAUCCUGUGUUAAGAUCAACUUCCCAAUUUUUGACCCAAUGCCAGCCCCAAUAAUAACUAACCUUAGUGACAACCUUUUCAUUUUAUUUUUUAAUCUUCUCUCUCCCUCCCUUUGCUCUUUUUCUUCUUUUCUCUUCUUCUUCUUCUUCCUCCUUGAUGUUCAAUCAAAUAUGUUUGAUUUGCUUUAAAUUUACCAGUCAGAUUUUGUUUUUUGAUUGUUGUAGCUAAAUUUCUAUUGAAAAUUCUAUUGAAAAGAGGAAAUCAUCACAGGUAAAUUAAACUUGUAACCGGAUUUAGAUCAUGAACCAUGAUCAUUGAUUAUAUGUUAAUAAGGUAUCAACACGAUUAUGACCCAUUGAUUGUACUUUACAACAAUCAACCUAUCAUCAAAGUUUAUUAAUCAUAAUCAUCACCAUCACCACCACUCAACAAUUACAAUAAUCUCAUCAUCUUUAUCCUGAUUACAACCAAAUAUCAUCAUCACAAUCAAUUUGAUUUUCAGAAAAAAAAUUUUAUUUCAAAUCUAUUUUUAGAUUAAUCAAAAACUUUGAUAAAGUGUUGCAAAACUUAUAACAAUUUAAAUACCAACAAUCAAGAGAAAGUGAUACUUAAAUUAGAUUGUUGAUUUUGUUAAAUAUUAAUUCGAUUAAAUUUAAUAACUGUUCAAUAAAUUGUUUGUCUGAUUAAGAAACUUAAUCAAAGUGACAAAACCGGUAAUCAAAAAAAAUAAUAAAUAAA